AUGGUUUUCUAUUCAUUCGAUGACGCUCGUUGGCUCGAUGUUACCCUCUUGAUCCAACGCUUCGGCAUCGCUGCAGAAGAGUGGAUGUUCGAAGAGAUCAUAAGAGCCAUCACAAAGGCAGACCUUAAGCCAGGAACUCCGGGUGUGACCGUAUCGCAAGUCAUCGCCAUCCACCGCCUUCUGGAUCCCGAGGCCACAUUCGAAGAAGCCGACGCCCGAGAAGCUCACCUCUGGAUGACGAAUGUAUUCCCAGAAUUGACGGACACCGGCACCCUCACACCAGAAAGCUUACUCAAGUACGCAGCCGACUUGCGGGGCCGCGGUGGCGAUGGACCCUGUGAGGACUUCAGCAAUCUCAGGAAGGAUCUAGGCGACUUCCUCUUGGAAGACGCGCUCUAUCCAGAAGACGAUCCGACUGAUAUUGACACCGGCGACACCCGAGCAGAGCAGAGGGAGUGGUUGCGUCGUUUCAUGAACGAGGAUACUACGCCGUUGUGGCCAAAUGUCAGAGACGCGCCCAAAGACCACCGAGUAUGGUUGAGGAAGAAUCUUAACUUGGUCGACUUCAUGGUAGAUGACCAAAUACACCCUGGAAUGACAGUCAGACAACGCUAUGGUGCAGACCUCUAUGCGGCCAACUCUUGUCGGCUGUGGGGUGAGGCAGGACAGCCAGCUUGUGAUAAGCCAGCGAAGGAACUGAUGAUACAGGCGGUUGGGGUUGCAGCAAGAGAGAUCAUCGACACGUGUGACGGUGUGGUCGCAAAGAUGGAGCCGUAUAUUGAGGAGCUGAAGGCGGCUAUCAAGGACCUUAAUGAGGAGCCGAGGGUUCCUCGCUAG